UACCUCCUGGCGGUGUUGCAACUGAGGUCACGACGACCUUGUCAGGAUCCAGCUGCGUGGGUUACGCCCCCCUCCGGCUGCCCAUGAUCGUAUAUAAGGCAAGGAAACCCGAGCGCAGUUGCAAGAACGAGUCUGCCUCCGCUGCAACAUGAAAGCCUUGUCCUUGUGCCUCCUCGUGGCGGUCGCCGGGUCGUGCGCCGGCCAGAGCAUCCAGCAGCUCCUCGACCACGUGGGCAUCAACAACCCGACAGCCACCGAGGAGAUCAGGGCCAUCUUCACCAGAAGCAACCAGCACAACGUCCUCUCCUGCCUCGUCAACAACGUGCCUGUCGAUGGCGGUCGGCCGUGCGAUGCGAGGACAGCCACCUUCAGGACCAUCUUGUUGCGACUCGACACCACCAAUUACGACUGCCAGUGCCCCUCGCAGUCCCAGGUCGAUGCCUUCAUCAACCUCAUCCGCAGGAACUUCGACAGAGCGAACUGCAACGCCCUGAAGAGUCAGUUGCAGCUGCGGAACCUUCGUUGCUAAAGAACAGUCCCUUUGGUGAUGAACUAAGAAGAUAGAGGAUUCUUUUCGGCUUUUUUUUUUUUUUUUUUUUUUUUUUUUUUUUUGUAGAUUGUAGUAGCGUAAGGCUCUGAGGGGAUUCCCCUGCAGCACCUGCGCGGCUGGCCACCCGAAAAUGCUGGAGCGCUUGGCCAGAUUUCGCGAAAUAAAGGCGCAGAACCAGA